UAUACUUUUUAACUUUUUUUUUUUUAAUUUUCAUUGUAUUUUAUAUUAUUGUUUGAGAGCACUGAAUGGACUUUUGUGUGACCUUGCGACACGCCCACCUCCAGGCCGUGUGCAAAACAAAAAGUGCACCUUUUCAAUGGAGCCAAAACACUGCCAGAGAUUUACGAACUAGGCGUGCUCUCCGUCAACAUGACGCUUCCCAGCGCCGUCAUCACGGGCACGGUCGGCGGCGAGGCCCUCCUGGCCGCGACCUACGUCAGCUUUAGCGCCGACCUGCCCGUCAUCAAGUGGCAGCUGCGCAGGGAGAAGUCGGUCACCGUCGUCCAGUCCAUCGGUACGGACAUCGUGGGCACGCUCAGACCCGAGUAUCGCGAUCGCAUCCUGAUAUUCCCCAACGGAUCGCUCCUCCUGCACAACCUGAGGCUGUCUGAUGAGGGCACGUACGAUGUGGAGGUCUCCAUCACGGACGAUACGUUCACGGGAGAGGGAAGCAUCGCGCUCACCGUAGACGAGCCGCUCUCCCAACCCUCGGUCCUCCUGGAGGCCACCUCCGUGUUGGAGCGCACUGGGAACGUGGUCCUCACCUGCUGGCACGCCGCAGGCACCAGGCCCUCCUACAGGUGGUUGAAAGGCGGCGCGGCGCUGGGCAACGACAGCAGGCUGGUGCUGUCACAUGACCACAAGAACCUGACCAUCACUCGGGUCACCAUGGCGGACGACGACGUCUACGGCUGCGUGGUGGAAAACCCCGCUGGCACGGCAACCAGCCCGCCGGUCAGACUGAGUGUCUACAAGAGAAGUUCCAUCUACAUCCUCCUCUCCACCGGCGGCAUCGUCCUCCUCAUCGCCUUGGUAACCGUCUGCGCCUGCUGGACGCCAUCCAAAAAGAAAAGAGGAAAACCUUUCUCCAGGUUUUAUAAUCAACACACGUCAAGACGUCACUCAGCCGAUGCAUCUCCUGAAGAGACGCAGCACCAUGGAAAGAACGCCGUGACGUCGCUUGGCAUCCUGCAGCAAAAGGAUCUUUCCCCGGGCGACUCUUCCGUCAACAGUGUCGGUUCCACUUGUGAAGCCGAGCAUCCUCCGGCUUACAGCAGCUACAUGGACUCUCUCACCAGGGCUCAUGUUCACUCCAUGCUCAAGUCCAGCUGAAACCUGCAACACCUUCAAAUAACGUCCUUUGUAAACACUGAUCUCAUCUCAUUAACUGACGUGUAAUUAGGAGACUUUACUCUAAUAUCAAUGCCAGAUUUCAUUACCACUCUUCAUAUUAAAAAAAAUUACGUUCUGCACACGUUGACCCUUUUUACAGGGGAAAUUGUGUUUACUCUUUCAUAGUUGUGUUGGUUCUUAAUUUUUUUUUUUGCUGUUGUUGCAUAAUUUUAAAAGCAUGAAUUUCCAUUAAACACUAAUAAUAAUACAAUGUUGGUCACCAAAGGGUCAGAUAAUAUUCACUUUAAAGGGGAACCACACUUCUUUUUGGGAAUGUUGUCAUUAUGAGAGACAAGAACACAGUUCUGUUUUUUUUUUUAUUAGUAUUUUAAAAAUGAUUAAAAAAAACGCUUGGAAGAUGCAGCUAAUGUGAGUCAACAU